CUGGUUUAAGGAUCAACUCCAGGUGGAAGUGGGCGUAUAUAAGGCAGGGACGAGGACCAAGGGAAGUCAGUGUCCGUUUGGGGCAUCCUGGAGAUAGGACACCGCACAAGGAUGAAGCACGGUGUUUUCUUGGCGCUGCUUCUGGCCAUGGCCCUCGUGGCCAUGGCGCUUGCUGGCCCGCUGCCCGACGCCGACGCUGCUGCCGUGCCCAGUGCCAACCCGGCUGCCGCGCCCGAGGCCAAAGCGGAGGCCGCGCCCGAGGCCGACCCGCACCGCAGGUGGAGGUUCGGGCGCCGGGGCUACGGUUUCGGCGGAUAUGGCCUCGGGUUCGGCAUCGGAUUUGGCCACGGCGGAUAUGGCCACGGCGGAUACGGCCACGGCGGAUACGGCCACGGCGGAUAUGGCCACGGCGGAUAUGGCCACGGCGGUUACGGCCACGGCGGUUACGGCCACGGCGGAUAUGGUCAUGGGCAUGGAUAUGGCUACCACAGGCCUCACUACCACUUUGGGUAAUGAUAGUGAGCCGAUACAUAAUGACUCGACGCUGAGAUCACGAUCACCUUCUACCGAGACGUCUCCCAUAUGCCCUGCUGAAGGAAGGGGAUUUCCUCGACCACAAUCUAUUGUACAUGUCGUUAUGGCUGUAAUACACUAUCAAACUGGU